GUCUUUAAACCCUGUUUAGGUUUUCCCCUAAGUUGUGAGAAAACAACCAAAUCAGAAUAUUUUUGUCCGGUGAUCGAUGGAGGUGGAGGUGAACGAGAAGGAGCUGAAAUCUGUUGGAGCUGAGCUUCUGCCGGAGGGUCGGCGUGGAUUGCGCAUACUUGGUUGGGAGAUCGAAACUUUGAAGCGCCCCAUUCUCAACUCACUUGAUGUCCAACAGUGGGAACAAAAGCUUCAGACGUCCCACUUGCCAGAGAUGGUUUUCGGAAACAGCUGUUUGGUUCUUAAGCACAUCAAUAGUGGCACUAAAGUUCAUUUUAAUGCAUUUGAUGCUCUAACUGGUUGGAAGAAGGAAGCAUUGCCACCAGUUGAAGUUCCUGCAGCUGCAAAAUGGAAAUUCAGAAGCAAACCCUUCCAGCAGGUGAUUCUAGAUUAUGACUAUACCUUCACAACACCUUAUUGUGGGAGUGAAACUGUUGAGAUAAAUACACAGCGCGGAAGAGAGACAUCUGAGGAGGGCAGUUGUAGUCUUCAUUGGGAGGACUGUGAAGAGCAGAUUGAUGUGGUUGCGCUGGCAUCAAAAGAGCCUAUUCUCUUCUAUGAUGAGAUAAUCUUGUAUGAAGAUGAAUUGGCUGAUAAUGGAGUAUCCCUUUUGACUGUAAAAGUGAGAGUAAUGCCCAGUAGUUGGUUUCUUCUCUUGCGUUUCUGGCUUAGAGUUGAUGGAGUACUUAUGAGAUUAAGGGACACGCGUAUGCACUGCAUUUUUGGGAAUGGUACAAAUCCCAUUAUCCUUCGAGAAAGCUGUUGGAGAGAAGCCACAUUUCAAGCAUUGUCUGCUAAAGGAUAUCCUUCUGAUUCUGCUGCAUAUAGUGAUCCAAGCAUCAUCAGCCAGAGGCUACCCAUCAUCAUGCGUAAGACUCACAAGCUUCAAGUUUCAAGUGCCUAGUAACCUUUAACGCUGUAAUUUAAAACUCGACAGCAUUGUAUUAUGGAAGAAACUGUACUCAAUUCUUCUUGCAAAAGGCAAAAAUCAUCCUAAAUUGUGGUCACAAUCUCCUUUCUGGUAGACUAUCCACACAUACCUCUCAUGUUUCUUCUUCGUUUGCGUUUGAGUGACUCAUUAUGUUGAAUUAGCUCGAGAGAACUGCAGAACAAUGGUGGUGCAGCAUAAAAGACACAUUUUUUAGUGUA